UUGAAGUGAUCUUCCUGAGUAUUCUAACACAGACCACUUUCACAAUGAGAUCGCUGGUGGUGUUGUGCGCGGCAUUGGCCGUUUGUGUUGCCGCUCCCUCCGACGAUGGUGCUGCGAAGAAACGAUCCAUCGGCUACGUAGCUUACGGAGCCCCUGCAACUGUCGUCGAACCCGUAGUUGAAACUCAUGCCGUAUACGCUGCACCUUCAGUUUACGCUGCACCUACUGUUUACGGCGCCCCUACUGUAUACGCCUCACCUGCUGUGUACGCCGCGCCAGCAGCCGUAUCUCACCAGUCUCGCGUGGACGUGAAAUCUUCCCCAGCCGUGAUUGCUACAGCACCAGUUGUUGCUGCAAGAACUGUUGUGAGUGCCCCCACCGUCGUCGCCUCUCAAGUAUUGCCCGCCGCUGUAUCACACCAGUCACGUGUUGAUGUGCGUACUUCCCCAGCUGUUGUUUCGCGCACUGUUGUUGCACCAGUAAAUACUUAUGUGGCUGCACCAGCUCCAUCCGUGUACUACGCCGGUCCCACUGUCUACGCUGGUGGUGCUGCUGUAUCCCAGCAAUCCCGUGUGGAUGUCAAGAGCUCCCCCGCUAUUGUCACAGAACAAGUAGUCCAGCCUACAUACAUUGCUUCCUCACCUGUAGUCGCAGCAGGACCAGCCUAUGUCGAUGCCCGCUCAGUGUACUCUCCUUCCGUCUAUUCACUCUGGAAGUAGAACGUUGAAUUGUAUUGACUUUUUACCUUUGAAAAGUAAAUUAUAGAACAUGAAUAAAUUAAAAUA